AUGGAAACACUCCCCAAGUAUGUCAUCAUUCAAUCAAACCUAAGAAAUGAAUAUUUGCGCUUGUACUCGGGAAAUCCAGAAGUACCUAACGCCCUCCGGUAUACCGGAGAUUAUAGCUUCGAUCUGGAUACAAGGUUCGAGGUGGUGAAAGCUACCAGCGGAGCUGGUCUCGUGCAUAUCAGGUGUUUGCGCAACAACAAAUACUGGGCAAACUUUGGUACGGUCAACGAUUGGGUCACUGCCAUGGCCGACAAACCUGAGGAGAACCAGUCCGACGAACAUUGCACGCUCUUGCAGCCUAUUUUCGUAGGUUCCAACAACAGCAACCAUGUAGUUAGGCUCCGCCACGUCAGAACCGGAAAAUACGUUAGGGUGUUACAUAGUUUCGGUCAUUAUGACCGUGUCUUGAGUUUAUGGCCUGAUGAAGAACAAACCACGUACACCUUCAUCGACUGGGAAUCUGUCGUUGUGUUGCCCGACCUUAUCAGGAUCAAGGGAGAAAAUUGCGGAAACCACCUUAAGGCCUACGGCGGAGAAGGGUUUAUGGACUUCAAUCACAACGCCGAUAACACCUCAGUGUUUGACUAUGAGGUGAUUCCAAGUCGCGACGGAGGCAUUCGCCUGAAGAGUACUUACUAUGGCCAGUAUUGGACGGUUAUGGAUGAUAAUAAUCCUUGGGUAUGGUUAAAGGAUGCUUCCACCACAGUCCAUGAUACCAACACCGUAUUUUUACCCACGUUACUUGGUGGCAACCGCAUCAUGAUGCGAUCUUUGAAGAAUGGCAAGUUUUGCAACAGACACACACAGGACGGUACGGAGAGCUGCCUCGCCACACUUAAUAAGUGGCCUGACGAUUGGAGCACCAUGCAGAUUGAGGAGCCCGUUAUAUCAAGGAAGAUUAAUAAUGUCAGAUAUCACCUAACGGAUGCAAGGCUUUACAAUGAGAAAACUUUUGCGCUUAUCACUGAUGAUUCCAGCAACAGAACUAAAAGUCCCUUAUCGUCAUCAAUAAAUCUCAAGACUACAGUGACCAAUACAACUAAUUGGAAUUAUAAUGUGACGGUGAAAGUGGGAGUCAAGGCGACUUGCACUGCUGGUGUCCCAGGCGUAUCCUCGGGUGCGAUUGAAGUUUCUUCUGAGGUUACUGGAUCAAGGAACUGGGGAGAAACGCAUACAGAAAGCCAAGAAGUUGGGUCUGUGAAAACUAUUACUGUGCCAGCUAUGACUAGGUUGAAGGCGAGUCUGAUGGCAACACGAGUUUCUUACGACAUACCUUUCUCAUACACUCAGCAUGACGUCUUAAUGAAUGGAACUACAAAAGUUUAUGAAAAGCACGAUGGUCUUUUUACUGGCACCGGCGGAUACGGUUAUAGGUACGAGGUUGUCGAGCUUCCUCUCGUGUAA